AUGUUCGUUGUUUCAAAGCCAACUACUACCGAAUUCGGAACCGGAUGCUUCGCCGCAUCUUCUUCGUGUCAAAGCGAGUAUAAUCCAAAGAUCGAAAAUGACGCUGUUGCUCACAAUUCCAUUAACGGUCUUCGUGGAUCUCUCCGUCGUAAUUCAUCAAAUCUCUCACACAAAUUGACAGAACUCCAAGAGACUUGUCUCGCUGAUGCAGCACAAAUUGAAAUCAAUUGCUCCUGUGUAAAUGCUAGCCAAGCUUUCUUUGUCCGUAUUGAAGUCCCAACUGGAGAACAAGGAGUCCUUCAUUUCUCACCAUCCACAGGAGAAAUCUCACAAGUAUUCACUCCAAUCCAGAAUGGAUGCGGUCACGGAGUAUGGAAAUUCACUGUUUGCACAAUGGAAAAUGGAAGUGAAAUCGCCCAUUCCCAAGUCUCUCGCAACCUCGACGGAGUCGGAAUCCUUUUCUUCAACGUCUUCGAUGAUCUGGAAAUCCGUUUGACUCAACAAGAAUUCCUCCACAUUUCACAUUGCCAUACUCGCAGGCAUUAG